AUGGCGGAUUGUGACACAGGAUCUUUCAUUCUCGGAAUAGACACUGGAACAACCUCGAUAAAAGUGUCGUUAGUGCGAAAUGGUACUAAAGAUGUCAUUGAAAGUUUUAGACUUGAUACAGAGGCGAAUAAUCACGAUAAGGAAUCUAACUUUGCAGAGCAGGAUGUUGCGAAAAUAUUUGCUUGUUUACAGCAUGUACUUUCCCAAUUCUCUCCACAUUUCCUGGCCAAAGUGGCUCGUAUUGGAAUUUGUGGACAGAUGCAUGGAUGUGUGAUGUGGAACGGUGAAUCAUGCAGUGUAUCAAGUGAAGGUCACCAUUUUAUACGGAGCGAUGAUGUCUCCCAUCUUAUUACUUGGGAGGACGGAAGAUGUAACAAUGACUUUUUAAGCACCCUUCCGCCUACACGUUCACAUAUUCCUAUUUCUACUGGUUUUGGAUGUGCAAGCAUUUUUUGGCUUCAGAGAAAUGAUCCUAGCUUCUUGGAACGUUUCGAUUGCGCUGGAACCAUCAUGGAUUACUUUGUUUGUGUUUUUUGUGAAAUGAGAAAGCCUUGCAUGUCUUCACAUAAUGCUGUCAGUUGGGGAUAUUUUGAUGUGAGUAAUAUGGCGUGGGAGUUAGACAUUCUGAAAGAGGCAAACUUCCCCACUCAACUCCUGCCAGUGGUGGUAGAACCAGGUACAAUGGUUGGUAAGCUGCAAAGAUCUUUGUAUGGAAUCCCAGUUGGUACACCUGUGGGGGUGGGUCUGGGUGACUUCCAGUGCUCAGUACUUGCAAGCAGAUCUCAGGAAAGUGAUGCAGUUCUUAACAUUGGAACAUCCUGCCAACUGGCUGUGGUUGUUCCUGCUAAUACCAGCACUGUGGCUGCAGGGAAAUCUUCAUAUCAAAGUUCAGAGAUGCCUAGUAAAGCAAUUACAAUUCUUCCAUUCUUUCAAGGACAAAAAGUUAUGACGGCUGCAUCACUUUCAGGAGGUAACGUUUUGGCCACCUUUGUGAAGAUGUUGACAUCAUGGAUGAAAGAUCUUGGACUGGAAGAGAGUCUCCCUUCUAAAGAUGAUAUUUAUUCUAGAAUACUGGCCUGUGCUGAUGAGAGAGCUUCAACAUCACUUCAAGUAGUUCCCACUUUAUGGGGUGAAAGGCACACUUCUGAUCAAAGAGGACAAGUGAACAACCUAACAUCAGGAAAUAUCUCACUUGGUGAUGUUGGUUUGGCUCUUUUUAAAGGAGUUAUUGAAAACAUAAAAGAAAUGAUGACACAAGAUUUCCUCCAUUUGCAUGAUGUGCGACAAAUAGUUGGUGCUGGAAGCGCUUUGAAGAGAAAUAGAGUGUUACAGAAACAAGUUGAACAGGUUUUUGAAUUGCCACUGGUUUUGAAUGAAAAUGCAGAUGCAUCAGUAGGUGCAGCAAUAGCCACUCUCUUGGAGAGAAAUUGAAUGUGACUUUACAAGUCUGAAUUGUAUCAAAAUAUUAAUUAAGAAAUCAAAAAAUUAAA